AUGACGGAUCGGAUAUCGAAGCCUCGACAGCGAAAGAAACGAGAGACUAAAGGCCCGAUCGUUAUCCCCGAUGAUAAUUCCCAGGAAUCGCCUGCUAAGGAGCCGACGUUGGCGGGGGCCACAUCCGACCCAACAGCGACAUCAUCAGCCCUGCAAGUGGCUCACUCGCCGGGCCGGAAACCAGUAUUUGACGAAUGGACCGAGCUGGAAGCGGACGAGGCUAUUGCGGCAAUACGAUAUCAGUACAAGUUCCCAACCAUGUACCAACCGCCCAAGGCCGUGCCCGAAGCCUUGGACGUAGCCUUCAUCUCCCACUUUGUCCAGCUCAACAAAGGCAUCCGAUCAUACAGCCCGGAGAUACCAUGGAUAACGCAUCUUCCUGAAAUGCAUGUACAAGCAUCGAAACCCGCCCUACGACUGUCUAUACGGUCAGCGUCAAUGGCGUUUUACGCCACAGUGCACAAAGACCCAGCGAUCCUAGUCGAUUCUUAUAGAUGGUACACGAUGAGUCUGAAUUGUCAAAGACAGACCCUCGCCCGGCUGACGUCCAACUCUAUGCCAAGUGAGGAAGAGAUUCUGGUACCCAUUAUCCUAGCGCUGUACGAAGUAUAUGCCGGGACCACGCAAACGAGCGUUUUCCAUCAUCUCGCCGCAUCCACGAAAAUCUUGGAGAUGAGAGGACCAUCCAACUGUAAAGGCCUUGCGUUUCCUCUGUUCAAAUCAAUGCGAAUAUCUGAUGCACACAAAGCGAUGGUAUUCAAUCAACCCUCGGUCUUCUCCACCCCUGAAUGGAUGACUGUCCCAUUCGAAGGCCAGCUAAAGAAUGCGCAUCAGUACCUCACCGAUAUUCUCCUCGUGAUUCCGGAUUGCAUGGGUCUGUGUAAAAUAAGCGGCAGCAUGAGGAGCUUCCUUUCUCGACCUAUUCCUUCGCACGUCGACCUCAAGCCGGUCCAGGAGCGUGCGAAACAACUGCUCCAGCAGCUUGAUGAUUGGGUUGCCAAAAACCCUCACCUUCUGAAAGUAGCAACUGGUCCACAGGUCGUCACCGCCGACAUGGGGAGUCCCGCAACGUCCGGAGCAUCCGCAGACGCACCAACGAAAUCCACGCUCAUACUACCGGAGGGCUUCAUCGCCUUGACAGCAGCAACCUACGAAUCUAUUCGCUUGAUCCUCUCGCUGCUCCUGGACAAGGUCUCUCCGCGAGAACCAUCUGUCAGCUCUGUGGAUCCAAACACUCCGCCAGAAGCAAAUGUACCCACACUAAUCGACACCGCAAGCAUGUGCGCGAACUCGAUCCUGGAGAUCACUUCGUAUCUGGAAUCCACACAUCCAAUUGGAUUUGAUUUCAUGCGCAGUGUCUUUCCGCUUGCCGUGGUCGCGCUUGUCGCACCUCGGAUGGAACAGCAGAAGCGUGCGCAGCAGAUGUUGGAGAGGUGGGGUAGAAAGAGAGGCAUGGCAGGCCUCACUUCUGCGUGGCUGCAUAUUUGA